AUGAUAAUUAUUGAUAAUGAAACACAAUUAUAUGGUUGGUUAAAAAAUUUAACAGUUUAUAGUUCAAAUUUGGCUGAAUUAAGAGAUUCGAAUGAUUCUGGAUCAAAAAUAAAAUAUCGUAUUUUACAACCAGCUAAAGUUGAUAUUUUCUUAUCCAUGAAUAAUGAACAACAAAAAAUGGAUGUACGAAUAUCAGAUAUUAUUGUUAGUAUUGCACCAGCUGCUAUUCGUACUCUUAUUGAUGUCACAAGUUCAUUAGGAACAUUACAGUCAAUUACCAAAGAUGAAACGGAAAAAAUUAAUUCAAAAUCAUUAUUUAAUCCAAAAUCAAUUAAAGAUGGAAAUUUUUGGUUUACAAAAGAUUUUGAAAAACAAGCGCAAGAGACUGAUGAAUCAAACACCACUCAAGAUGCUUCAUCACAACAGAAAGCUAUUAAACAGGAAGAAAAGAAAAUUAAAGAAAAUGAAGAAAUACAAACACCAUUAGCACAAAAAUUAUUUUUAACAUUGGAAACAAUUGAAAUAAAACUUGAAGUUGGAUCAGGUUCAGUAACAAAAUCUGUUGUAGCUAUGUGCUUAUCAAAUUUAACUGCUGAUGUUCAAAAUUGGCCAUCGAGUGUGAGUCUUGUAUCAACAGUAAAUAUUGAAGCAGCAUUAUACAAUGAAAAUAUGCUUGCUUGUGAGCCACUUAUUGAACAAACCAUUGAUUCUGAAGAUGCACGUCCUUCACCAUGA